AUGUCAUCCUUAAGCAGAGAAUUGGUGUUUCUCAUUCUCCAAUUCUUUCAAGAAGAGAACUUGAAGGACACUAUUCACAAGUUGCAGCAAGAAUCUGGAUACUUCUUUGAUAUGAAGUACUUUGAAGAGAAAGCAUUGAACGGAGAGUGGGAAAUAGUUGAGAAUUACCUAUCUGGUUUCACCAAAUUGACUGACAACCGUUACUCCAUGAAAAUGUGCUUUGAAAUAAGGAAGCAGAAAUAUCUCGAAGCCUUGGACAGUAAGGAGAAAACAAGGGCUCUUGAAAUACUGGGGAAGGAUUUGAAAGUGUUCCAAACAUACAAUGAAGAAUUAUACAGAGAAAUCACAUAUCUGUUAACCCUUGAAAACUUUAGGGAUAAUGAACAGUUAUCAAAAUACGGGGAUACCAAAACAGCUAGGAAAACAAUGAUAGUAGAGCUUAAGAAACUGAUCGAAGCAAAUCCCCGUUUGAAUGACAAGCUUGUAUUUCCUUCAUUGAAGCCAUCAAGGUUACGAACACUUAUUAAUCAGAGUCUGAAUUGGCAGCAUCAGCUCUGCAAGAACCCAAAGCCGAAUCCGGACAUAAGGACUCUGUUCGUUGACCACACAUGCUCUCCUCCCGGUCCGGCCGGUGCAAGCUCAAGCGCGCCAAGGUCACCAUCAGUCCCGGCAGCUGUUAAUCCUUCUGCGGUUGCGGCUGCGACUGGGGCCGGGACGUCUGUUCCCCUGAACCAAACCUUAGUGUCUGCAUUGAAGCAUUCCAGGACACCACCUACUCCUAUGAAUAACGAGCAGCGGGGAAAACGGUUGCGAUCUGUUCCACAAGCAAUCGAGGCGACGAAUUCUCUGGUGGUCCGUCAACAAGUCCCUCGGUCUCUUGACGACCUUACUAGAACGCUGUUUUGUACAUUGAAUCAAGGAUCAACAGUUACAAGCAUGGAUUUUCAUCCUUCUCUUCAUUCCUCACUUCUUAUCGGAACUGCAAGUGGUGAAAUUUCAUUCUGGGAAGUAGGACGCAAUGAGAGGCCAAUCUUAAAGCCUUUUGCCAUUUGGAACAGUGCUACUUGCUCGGUCUUAUUUCAGGCUGCGUAUGCCAAAGACUCGAAUAUAUCCGUUUGCCGUGUAUCAUGGAGCGCUGACGGCAGAUAUCUUGGGGUUGCUUUCACAAAGCAUUUGGUUCAUCUGUAUACUUAUCAAGCACCUAAUGACUUAAAAGAGCAUUUGGAGGUUGAUGCUCAUGUUGGCAGUGUCAAUGAUUUGGCGUUUUCUUCCCCACACAAACAGCUAUGCAUGGUAACUUGCGGGGAUGAUAAGCUCAUAAAGGUGUGGGACUUAACCGGACACAACCUGUUUAACUUCCAAGGUCACGAAGCAGCGGUUUAUUCUAUUUGUAUGAAUGUGAAGGAAAACGUUGAGUACAUAUUGUCAAGUAGUGUUGAUGGAAAAAUAAAGGCGUGGUUGUUUGAUAACUCGGACACAAAAGUGGAAUAUGAUGCCCAUGGAAAAUACUGCACCACAAUGCUCUAUAGCGCCGAUGGAACUAAAUUGUUUUGUUGCGGGACAAGUAAAAACAAUGGAGAUUCUUUCCUAGUUGAGUGGAAUGAAAAUGAUGGAGUUAUAAAGAGAACCUAUGCUGGAUUAGGAAAGAAAUCGAUGGGCAUGAUGCAAUUCGACACGACCAAGAAUCGCUUCUUGGUUGCCGGCGAAGACAAGCUGAUAAAGUUCUGGGAGCUGGACAACCCUAAUAUUCUAGCUAGUGUACAAGUUGAUGGCAAUUUAUCUAGUGUCCCCCGGGUGAGGUUUAAUAGGAUAGGGAGUCUGCUUGCUGUAACCACCGCAGAUGGCAGGGUAAAGAUUUUUGCUAACGCCGACGGCAUCAAGCACUUAAGGGCCAUUCAAGCUUGGUCUUGCCGGGCUUCGUCCAAAGCGAAUACCAAUCCAGCCAUGACUCAUUUGGAACUCGGAGAGGGUAGCUCUGCUCGUAGAUCUAAAUCUUUUACGGAAUUACCAGAAAUACUUAAGUGUCAAAUGAUUACUCUGCCCGAUACCAUGUAUCCCACAGCCAAGGUUGCUCGACUUGUCUACAUGAAUAACGGAGUUGGCCUUCUCGGUGUUGGUUCCGAUGGGACUCAGAAGCUGUGGCGAUGGAAUCGAACUGAAUUGAAUCCUACUGGAAAGGCGAUGGCAAGUGCUUGUCCAGUGCUUUGGCGACCAAAUUCCGGUUUUGUCAUGACAAACGAUGUUCCAGAAAAUUCAGAAGGCACAAUUCCUUGUGCAAUCAUCUCAAAGAACGAUUCUUAUGUUUUGUCAGCAUGCGGAGGAAAACUUACACUUUUCAACAUGCUCUCAUUUAAGGUAAUGGUGAGUUUCAUGUCGCCACCACCUCGUUCAACUUGCCUUGCAUUUCACCCUCAAGAUAAUAACGUUGUUGCAAUUGGAAAGGAAGAUUCCUCCAUCCAUAUUUACAACAUUCAGUCGGAAGAGGUCAAAGCUAAAUUGACUGGUGAUGAGAAGUGCAUCACUAGUUUAGCUUUUUCAAUGCUGCUGGCUGUCUUAGUUUCAUCAGAUGCCGAUGCUCAGAUCUUCUUUUGGAGCAUUGACACAUGGAAUUUGAAGAAAUCAUUGAAAAUGUAUUUGCGCGACGAAAGUCCAGUAACUGGCGAUACUCAAGUGCAAUUUCACUGUAAUCAGAUAAACUUGCUGGUAUGCCACCGCGAGGUGCUAAGUCUAUAUGAUGCAUCAAGAAUGGAACUGGUUAUGCAGUGGGUUCCAAAGGCUCAUAUGUCCGGUUCCAUAUCAUGUGCUACAUACUCGGGCAAUGGCAAAUUGAUCUAUACUGCUCUCACCGAUGGCAACAUUGUAAUAUUUAAUGCUGACAUCUUGAUGCUGCGAUGUCGUAUAGCUCCAUCUGUUUACCUCAUGACCCCAAACUUACCAAAUAGCGAAAAUGUGUAUGCGGCUGUACUUGCAGCAAAUCCACAGGAGCCGAAUCAAUUUGCAGUUGGACUGUCCAAUGGAGCUAUUAAGGUCAUUGAGCCCCAAGCUUCUCGUCGAGGAAAUAAUGGUAGCUGGGUGGGAAAAUUUAAACGCGCGGGAAAACCGCCGCGCCACGGUGGCCGAGCAUGCAGCAGUGCCAUGGAGGAGACAGUGUCUGAUGAUGGAAACAGUGGUGCAAAUACAAUAUAA